CUGGGCUAAGCAAAAAAAAUUAUCACUAUUUUUUAAACAAAUUACGAUUAAUGUCUUGUGAAGUUGAAAGAAUAUGUUCAUUCAUCGUCCGUACCGCCAACGACGAAGAUGGAAUCCGCCUUAUACGUUCAGGUCUUGGCUGUUUUAGUAUUCGGACUCAAACUAUCCAGCGGCCAGUGGCAAGGUACAGGGGCUGUUUGGAGUGGCAGUGCGGCGGCUGUUCCGGGUCGCAUGGGAUCUGUUUGGGGUGGCAGUGCGGCGGCUGUUCCGGGUGGCAUGGGAUCUGUUUGGGGUGGCAGUGCGGCGGCUGUUCCGGGUGGCAUGGGAUCUGUUUGGGGUGGCAGUGCGACGGCUGUUCCGGGUGGCAUGGGAUCUGUUUGGGGUGGCAGUGCGGCGGCUGUUCCGGGUGGCAUGGGAUCUGUUUGGGGUGGCAGUGCGGCGGCUGUUCCGGGUGGCACAAGGGCUGUUAUGGGUGGCAGUGCCGCCGUCGCCGCCGAUCCAAACACAAGAAUGAAUACCAUCUGGAACUCAGGGAAUGGCCGUAGUGCGUGGAAUGGGAACACCGGCUGGGGCAACGGCUGGGGCAACAUAUGGGGCAAAACAUGGGACAACGGCUGGGGUAACGGCUGGGGUAACGGCAGGGGUAACCAGUGGGAUAAUAGUUGGCAGUCUGGCAGAAACGGAGAUUGGAAUCACGAUGAGACCAAUGACUGGAACAGUGACAGUCACUGGAACCACGGUUGGAACAGACACGACCCAAAGGAAUCCAAAGAAAUGAGCGACACAACUGUGGACGACAAAUAUGAUAAAGACUUUCUGACCGCUGCCGUUGCCAGGAAUGACGUAAUGUCUUUAACGGCGACACUUAAAGAAUCUCCAACAACACAGGGCGUGGAAAUGGAUGUGGCUCUGUCGACCGGUUCACCAUCGACUGGUUAUGCGAUGGGCAGUGUCUUCGUCAUGUUGACAGAGCGAUCACGAAGUGAAGACACGUGCACUGAGGCAUCCACAGGAAAUAUAAUUCCAAGGAAAGGUUCUGAUACUAACGUGGGAGGUUUGACAAUAAGUGACCUUGCCUUGCACGAGUUUAAACUCUCCUCCAGCACCGAACAGAAGGUCACAGUCACCGACCUUCCUUUCAGUUCCCUGAGAGACUACGCGGGAAGAGGAAUUGCGCUGUGUUCGAGGACUGAAGAGGAUGCGAGAGGAGAAUAUAAGUGUGUAGAAAAAAUACAACUAUGUAGUAAACUGGGAUGGGACAACAAAACAGCAAAAAUGAAACCAUUUUGGUUGGAAAAUCCUGAUCAGCUCAAUUGGAAAAAGUGAAAUGGGUCAUUGAAACAUGUUACCACAGUACGUGGUAAUGUAAGAAAUAAAACACUUUUUACUUC